GUUACCUGGAACAAGGCCUGUUGGUAAAAGAUGCCACGAAACUGAGAAAUAACUACAGAACAACGUCUCAGUUCAAAUACGACAUGAUUUCAAUGAUACCCACCGAUCUGCUGUUUCUGAAGUUCGGAUACAACAACCCAGAGUUCAGAUUCAACCGUCUUUGCAAAAUCUCGAGGCUUUUUGAGUUCUUUGAGCGGACUGAAACCAGAACCAGCUUCCCAAACAUGUUUCGUAUCAGCAAUCUCGUACUUUAUAUCCUCGUUAUUAUCCACUGGAAUGCGUGUAUGUUCUUUGCCAUUUCGAAAACCAUUGGUUUUGGAACUGACACCUGGGUAUAUCCCAAUAUCAGCCACCCAGAGCAUGGCCGCUUGGCCAGAAAGUACAUCUACUCCCUGUACUGGUCCACACUGACCCUCACCACCAUCGGAGAGACCCCUGCACCAGUCAGGGAUGUUGAAUUUGUCUUCGUCAUUGCCGACUUCCUCACUGGUGUGCUGAUCUUUGCUAGUAUUGUCGGUAACGUCGGUGCCAUGAUCUCCAACAUGAACGCCUCUCGUGCCGAGUUCCAGGCGAAGAUCGACUCCAUAAAGCAGUACAUGCAGUUCCGAAAGGUCACCAAAGACCUGGAGGCCAGGGUCAUUAAGUGGUUUGACUACCUGUGGACUGAGAAGAAGACCUGCGACGAGAAGGAAGUUUUGAAGAACCUCCCAGACAAGCUCAAGGCCGAGAUCGCCAUCAACGUCCAUUUGGAUACCCUGAAAAAAGUGCGUAUUUUCCAGGAUUGCGAAGCCGGUCUGCUGAUUGAGUUGGUGCUCAAGCUGCAGCCACAAGUGUUCAGUCCUGGCGAUUACAUCUGUAAGAAGGGGGAUAUUGGCAGGGAGAUGUACAUCAUCAAGGAGGGGAAGCUGGCUGUGGUGGCCGACGACGGGGUCACUCAGUUCGUAGUGCUCAGCGAUGGUGCGUACUUCGGGGAGAUCAGUAUCUUGGGUAUCAAGGGCAGCAAAGCAGGAAACAGGAGAACAGCCAACAUCCGGAGCGUGGGUUACUCUGAUCUCUUCGCUCUGUCCAAAGACGACCUGAUGGAGGCUCUCACCGAGUAUCCCGAUGCCAAAAAGGCUCUGGAGGAGAAGGGCAAAGCCAUCCUGAUGAAGGACAACCUGAUCGACGAGGCAAUCGCCAACGCCGGAGCCGACCCCAAAGACCUGGAAGAGAAGAUCGACAGACUGCAGGGCAACCUGAAUCUCAUGCAGACCAAGUUCGCCCAGCUGAUGGCGGAGUUCACCUCGGGCCAGUCGAGGAUGAAGCAGAGGGUCACAGAGAUGGAGGCCAAAGUUAAAUCCAUACGACCCGAGGAUCUGUCAGAGGUGGUGGCCGACAAGGACAAAAAAGUCCAGUAAACGUGAGAGACACCUGAGGACUUUACAGGAAACGAGGGGAUUUUUCAUUUAGAAUAGUAGUGACACUUUUCAAAGGACCACGUUUAUAUCUAUUUAUACAUCUGCUCAUCAUCAUUAUAAUGUGUCAAAUUGUGUACAGUGUGUGCAGCAAAUGUUUUGGUGUGUAUGCUUU